UAUAUACACGGAUACCAACCUUCCCCGUCGGCCUAGUGCAGAGCCGCAGUGCCGGGGAUGGAGGGGCUAACCGCAGUCCGACCAUCCAAUUUGCGCUGGAUUGAGCGGGUUUUGGAACGACAUGGGAGAAGCAAACACCCUGAUGGCUCCGCGACGUGCCUACAACUGGGAAUCAGCUUGCCACUGGCCAAUCUUCAAGCUCGAUCGACCUCCAUCCUCGUGUUCCUUGCGCCGUCUGCUGUCGAUCCGUUUGGUUCGAAUCAAGAUGGUUCCCGUCGUUCCCGUCGUGGAGAAAGCCAAAGGGGGGAGAUGGCUUUCCUCGAGGAGGGGUUGGAAAGGGUCGCUGUCGUCCGUGGUGACUCCAAGGUCACCGGCUCCGUUGUCUUCGAGCAGGAGUCCGAGUCCGCUCCCACCACCAUCACCUGGGACAUCACCGGUAACGACGCCAGCGCCAAGCGUGGCAUGCACAUCCACACUUUCGGUGACAACACCAACGGUUGCACCUCUGCCGGCCCUCACUUCAACCCCCACAACAAGACUCACGGCGCCCCCCAGGACGCGAACCGCCACGUUGGUGACCUUGGCAACAUCGAGACCGAUGCCCAGGGUAACUCCAAGGGUACCGUCACCGACAAGCACGUCAAGCUGAUCGGCCCCGAGAGCGUCAUCGGCCGCACCGUCGUUGUCCACGGCGGCACCGACGACCUCGGCAAGGGCGACAACGAGGAGUCCCUCAAGACUGGCAACGCCGGUCCCCGUCCCGCCUGCGGUGUUAUUGGUAUCUCCAACUAAGCUUGUCGUACCUACAUAGCUCCUGUUUUGGGACGGAUUGUCAUCUGAGGUGGGGGUUGUCAAGCUCUCUACAUGCUUCAUUCCACAAAGCUGGCCGA